UGCCGGCUGCCAGAUCCAAACAAAAAUCUCAAGUGUUGAUGUGGAUAAAAAUUAUACAAAAACUUAUUCCAAAUUAAAUUUAAAAAAAAGCGGAAAACUAAAUAAUUUAUCACAGCAAAACGUCCAUUAUUAUAAACUAAAAAAUAAUGCAGGAAGCUUAUGUUAAUAUUUGUGGUGUUCCCACCCACAUCAUGACUUGGGGCAAAUGGAUUGAAGAAUCUCUAGAUGAUGUCAAAGAAAUUGCAAUAUGCAUAACUGGAAAUCCUGGCUUGCCAGGAUUCUAUACAGAAUUCUUAGGAAAUGUCUACAGACAGUUAAAUUGUGAAAUGCCUGUCUGGGUGAUAGGUCAUCUUGGUCAUGACGAUCCACCGUCAACAAGCAUACGUGAGGUACCACCUCUAGCCGGCAAUGAUGCCCUCUUUGAUCUUGAAGGUCAAGUCAAACACAAAUUAAAGUUCAUCGAGGAAUACGUCCCGGAGAAUGUUAAAAUUCAUUUAAUGGGCCAUUCAAUUGGGGCUUGGAUGGUUUUGCAGCUUUUGAAAAAUGAAAACAUAAAAAAACGCAUUCAAAAAGGUUACUUGCUAUUCCCCACCGUCGAACGAAUGGUUGAGUCUAGUAAUGGUUGGGUCUUUACCAAUAUCGCUCUGCCAGCCUACAUAGUCCUGGGCUUCUUUAUAACAUUCUUUUCACGUCUGCCAGUUAUUGUCCGAAUAUUCUGUCUACACAUUUACUUUUGGCUCUUUUCUAUUCCAAAUCAUUUCAUCGGAACUGGAUUGAAAUACUCCAAACCUUGCGUGGUGGAGAAAGUAGUAUUUCUGGCCAAGGAUGAAAUGGCAAAAGUUCGUGGUUUGGACAGGGAGAUUAUUAAAGAAAAUGUUGGUUUAUUGAAAUUCUACUAUGGGGCAACGGAUGGAUGGGUGCCAGUUAAAUAUUAUGAAGAUCUCAAACGCGAUAUACCGAAUGUUGAUGCCACAGUGGAUACGAAAAAGAUUGCACAUGCCUUUGUCUUGCGUUCCUCAGUUCAAAUGGGGGCAAUUGUUGCCAAUAUGAUUAUGGAGAACAAAUUGAACAAAUGAUAGAACAAAUUACAUCAUUCCUAUUUUAAGAUUAAGUAAAUAUUUUAUUAAUAAUGUUAUGCAUUUUAUUUAAUUUAAUUUUGGGUCAAUAAAAAAAUGUGUUAUGAAUUUAAAA